AGUCGACGACAUCUCUGCUUCAGAACAGCUCUGCUUUUGAGCGUGAUGGCGGGUAAUCCCGCUCUCGCGAAAAUACUGUUGGAGCAUGGUGCAGACGCAGUGAAAGCUGAUAAUGAAGAAAAAUCACCAUUUAGAGAAAUAGUGAAUUACGGAGGCGUCAGCGCUGUGAAUCAUUGUAUUGAUGGUGGUGAGCAUAUUCUGUUUUCCUUACAGGUCGCUACUGAUUUGUCGCUACAUUUUAUCAGUGCUUCCCUGCAGCUUUUUCUUUUAGCGGGAGCCGAUGUCGAGGAGAAAGAUACGUUAGGAAACACCUUGCUUGUCCAGCGGAUCUUGAUGUCUGACGAUAUUGGAGCCGCUUUUCUUCUCGAGAACGGAGCAAAACAUCUAGUCAAAGACUCGACAGGACGAAGUUGCUUGGAAAUGUCAGCUUUUUAUGGUCUUAUAAAUACUCUAAGGAUCAUAUGUGGCCUUGGUGUCAAUAUUAAUGAACGCACAAAUGGCGGUUUCGGUUACACGGUUCUGAAACAUCCUUUGAGUCACUAUGAGUGCGCAUCGCUUCUCGUGUCGCUUGGAUGUGACUUGGAGUCAAGUACUGCAGAUGGACCGUUUAUACAGACAAUGUUGCACCAUUUCAUUGAUGUUGAUGAUGAACGAGCAGCAGUUUUUCUUGUGGAGAGUGGUUGUGAUGGUAAUGCUGUUCGAAUAUCACGUGAGCCUGACGUCGAAAAGGAGGAGGCUCCCAUUCACCGAGCAGUUUCUGCGAAAAUGACUGCUCUGGUCAGCGCUCUCGUUAAGGCAAAAAUUAAUCUCGCUGUUCAGGACUCACAUGGUCGCACUGCAUGCCACCUCGCUGUCCACCUACGUAAUUCCGAAGCCCUACAGGAGUUGUUGAAUGCCAGUGAUGUGGAGUUCUUAUCACUACGAGACAAAAUGGGACAAACUCCAUUUUCACAAGCGCUUUUAAUGAAAGAGCAUGCGCUAGCUGCUGCUAUUGUGGAGCGGCAACCUCAUGUUGCACUGCAAACGAAUGGGAAUGGCGAGAACCUGCUCCACAUAUCGGUGAGGUCAAACGAUUUGGAGAGCGUGCUAUUUCUUCUUAGCGCUCAUACCGAUGCUACACGUGUAACUACGGAUGGAUCACGGCGUAGCGCACUUCACUAUGCUGCUAACGUGGAUAAUGAAUUGAUUUUACGCAACUUAUUACUGGCUGGUUGCGAGGUGGACGUGACAGCAGCGGACGGCACCACACCUCUGCAAGUGGCCGCUCGAAACAACCGUUCUAUCCAUGCUGAGAUUCUUCUGGAGAACAACGCUAAUCCUAACAUUUUAGAUGAAAGGCGAGAAAAUGCCCUGCUGGCCGCCGUGCGCUCUGGAAGUGUAGACUGCGUGAAAGUAUUCGUCUGCAGUCCAAGAGUCGACAGUCUUGCUGUAAACAAAAACGGACAGUCGGCCUUACAUUUAUGUGCAACGUUGUCGAGUGAUAAACUUCCGCCAAGGAGAUCACCAGUUGAAAUAUGUGAGCUUCUCGUGAAAAGAGAAGCUCGUAGGCUCACUGAAAAAGAUUUCGCUGCUUACGUUGAUAUGCAGGACGCCGACGGAAACACAGCAUUACUUUUGGCAUAUAUGGCUGGAAAUGGCGACAUCUGUCGCUGUUUGCUUCGAUAUGGUGCAACAAUGGGUGCCCGAAAUGUUGAUGGUGCGACAAUGUUCACCUACGAAACUCCCACAAGAUUGCUUCUAUUCCGAUUGCUAGAUUCAUUAGAAAGGGAACCGCGCUGGUCAGAUGGUGACAUGUGCGAUUGUGGCAUUCGUUUUUCAAUUACGAUCAGGAAACAUCACUGUCGGCAUUGCGGUCGUCUUGUGUGCUCCAAGUGCUCAGAGGUAGCCAUGCCAAUAGCGAAGUACGGAGAAGAGAAGAGAGUUCGAGUGUGCUCGUUAUGUGCCGAAGUCCUCACAACAGGAGUGGCACGGUAA